CUUUUUAUACUUACCAUUGGUCAUAAAGGUCAACAAAAUCACUUUCAUAAUUCACGCACAUAUUAAAUCUAUAGCACAAGAAUCUACUAUACAAAUCAACACUAACACGGAAGUAUCCGAACAACAUCUAGAUAUAUCGAGAACUAGAUAUAAGUUUAGUGUAAAUCUAGAAUUAGGUCUAAGAACAGUUAACAAUGGAGAAAAGAACUGAAAUUGAACUGACCAGUAUUGAGACAAUAGAUCCCAAACCAAGAUCCUUUGCUCACACCUGUUUGAUGCAGGAAGAAAAUAUUGAAACACCUUAUGGAAACUUACUUGUGGCUAUUCAAGGUGAUAGAACCAAACAACCUAUUUUGACUUUCCAUGACAUUGGAUUAAACCAUAUUACCUGCUUUCAAGGUUUCUUCAGCUACCCAGACAUGCAACCCAUCCUGAAGCACUUUUGUGUCUACCAUGUCAACGCACCCGGUCAGCAGGAGGGGGCCAUGACCCUCAAGCCAGAUCACGAUGUGGUUGGAAAUCCAGACUCCCUAGGCAGCAGAUUUGUCUAUCCUACCAUUGACCAGUUGGCAGAGUCUAUUCAGUAUGUUGUAGACCAUUUCCACAUGAAGACAUUCAUUGGGUUUGGAGUUGGCGCUGGAGCCAAUGUGCUGGCCAGGUAUGAGCUUGCCCACCAUGAGCAUGUUGAUUCCCUGAUUCUUGUUAACCCAACUGCUGCCAAGAGUGGUUGGAUCGAAUGGGGAUACCAGAAGAUGAACUCUUGGUAUUUGUUUAGUGGACAGUUGACUUCUUUCACAGAGGAAUAUCUUCUGUGGCAUUGGUUUGGCAAAAAGACCAGAUGGAACAACCAUGACCUGAUUCACACUUACAGUGAAUACAUUAAGUCUAUCAACCCACAGAAUCUGGCACUGUUUAUUGAGAGUUACCUCAAGAGAACUGACCUUGGCAUUGUGAGAGAGAUGGAUCCUAUGAGAAAGGUUUCAGCCAGGACUAUUAGGUGUCGUUCUUUGAUUCUUGUUGGAGACGACUCUCCUCACAUGGAGGAUGUGGUGGAGAUGAAUGGCAGGAUGCUUCCAGAGGAGACAGACUUUCUCAAAAUUGCUGACUGUGGUGGAAUGCCACUUGAGGAGCAGCCUGGCAAGACGUGUGAAGCUUUUCGCUUGUUCUUGCAGGGCAUGGGAUAUGUCCCAUCUUUGGUUCAGACCCACAGUGCGGCUGCUGAAUUCAACCAGUUGACCAGACCAAUGGACCCUCAGAUGCUGGCUCCCAUGACCUGUUAGAGGUGAUGGACGUCUGGAAAUGAAGGUGUGAUCAUUGCUGGAUCCUGAUAUUUGUAGUUAUCAUUGCAUAUUUUUUUUUCAAACUCAUGAAUGGAUACAUAACAGUUGCUCUUAUGCAAGCUGAAGCUUAUGUAUGUCUUUGAGAUCUGGCUGAAUGUCUUUCACUGGCUUUGAUAGAUUUUACUGUAGACUGCUUUUGAUGUUAGCAUUACUAAGUGGAAGUUUCUCAAUAUUUAAGACCCUAUUUCUAAGGUUAUCACACAGGCUUCCUUAGCAUGCAAGGUUUGACAAAACUGAAUGUUGGUUUUGUUAAAAGCCAGCUAUUAUUGUUAGCAAGUUAAGUGUUUUUCAAUAAUGAUAUUUAGUUGAUUUUUUAAAAACAUUUUUAAGACAUUUAAAUUAAUAUUAAAACAUAAAACAAGACAGAUUCAAAUACUUGACAUGGUGACCUGACAGUUGUAAUUAAAUUUGCAUAGCUGUGUAUUAUGUACGAUUUGUCAAACCUAAUGUCCAUGAAAGACCACUUGUUCACUUAAUAGUCAGACUUGAUCAGUGUUAGCUAGACAUAUUAAGCAUACACUAUCUUACAGCUUCCCCAAAAAGUGGCAUUCAUUAAAUUUCAUUUUGAAAUUGAAUGUAUUAAGAACAAAAUCUCUAAAGACUUAAUAAACAUCAUUUAUUAAAAAGUAAUGUAGUCAAGCCUUGUCAAAAUCUCUUUCUAGAUAAAGGACAAUCUCUUGACUUAUUGACUGAAUGACUUAGAGUGAGUGAAUGACUUAGUGAUUUCAUUCUUUGUGUUUCUUGCCUACAUUACAAAACUUCUGGAAAUUAUUUUGUGAAUUUUUUGUGUGUGAUAUAGUUUUUCAUUUUAUGAUGAAAACAUAUUUGUUGACUAAUCAUAUCAUUCAUGUGGAUUUAUUUUUUUUUUAAGAAAUAAUAAAACUGUUUCAUUUCAUUGGCUAAAAGAUGUUUCUGAAAUUCCAAGUGGAAUCAAAAUGUAUCCAUUGAUUUUGUUCCAAAUAUUUGUUCUACUGAUUUCCAGUUUCAUCUUUUUGUAAAAUUGAGCUAACAUUCCUUGUUUUUGCAUUUCUGAUAUUUUUAUUGAGACUUAUAUUUUGUGAUCCUAUAUUUUGUUUCCCAAAGAUUUGGAUUACAAGUUAAUUGUAAGCACCUAAAUUUAUUCAUGAAUUAAAUGGAUGGAAUAUAUUUUCUGUUUCUGUAUCAUACCAAUUGACAUGCAAUGCAAUUCUACGCCUGACUACAUACACAUAUAGCAAGCUUGAAAUAUUUGUAUGUUUUUUUUUAAACCAAGUUCCUAUUUUUUGUUGUUUAUAUGUUAACAUCAUUUAACCAGUUUUGUUAACCACAAGUUUGAGUUUCUUUACUUUUGAAUGAUUAACUUGUGACCUUUGAACAAGUUUUCACUUUGUUUUGUAUAGCUCAGUGAUGAUAUUUUGAAAGUAACAAUUUGUUUUGGUAGAUAUAAAUCGAUUGAACUUUUGGUGCCAGUAUUUUUGUUAGAUUGUAGCAUUUCAUGCAUAGGUCAGAUUAUUUUUAUGGACCUUGUAAAAAUUUUUCUUUUGCAGAAGUGUUUAUUUCACAUUUUUAUUUCUACUUUAGCAUAAGUGACUUCUGUAGCUGUUUGCAGAUGAUUUCAUUAAAGCAUAUGGUCUCAGUUCAAUAGAAUUACAUUACAAUUCAAUAAAAAAAAAUUAAAUUAAACUUACUGAAUAUUAUAGUUUAGAGGGUUCAGGUUUUGCAAGCAGAGAUGUCAAGACAACAAAAAGACUUUAUUUGACUGAAUAUAUGUUUUUGGAGGGAAAAAAUGUAUAGGUGGUACUAAUGAUAAGACUGUUACAAUGCAACCUGUUGAUUUUGCUUGGCAGAAGACAUUCAAACAUUUUACUUAAUAAGGUUUGCGAAUUCUCCUGACCAAGAGUUUGAAAUCAAGUUAGUUUGGUUUUUAUAAUAGGGAAAGUGGGUUUAGAGAGGGGGGUACUUUUAUAGAGCCAAUCCUUUUUGUAAAAUGUUUCGGAUGUUCCUUCAGAGUUGAAGAUAGUUUACUUCCUAGUCCAAACCUCCCGCAGAACGACGGGGGAUGAGAGCAGGCAGGGUUUGAAUCCAGAAACAUCAAUAAAUCCAAACGACAGUCCAGCGCGCAAACCGCAUGACAAGGCAGCCAUCUUUAUCUGGAAUAUAUAGAUGUUUUAGGCCGUGUGAUCCCUCAUCCAGGUACAUUAGAUUCAUUUCACAAACUAUAAAAACUUGUCCAUGAUCAAGGGGAUUGAACUGUUCAAGGCAAUACCAACACUGUCAACAAUCAGAAUUAUUAAUCAGCUCAUUUAGGGUAAAGGGAAUAAACUUCAAAGUUAAUGACUUGUUAUUCUACAGUCUUGAUAGUCCCUUAGUCUCUAAUGCUGUAAUCUUUCUGUUAGUGUACGUUGUUGAUGCCAUGACCACUCACUUGCUUGUCUCUGACUUUAAUGACACUUCUAAAAAGAGUUACAUGUACUGUGGGAAGUUGUUUAUAAUGAUCACUCUGUUCAUGUUUGGCAAAACAACUUCCUGAAUCUUUUUUUUUUCCUUCAUGAUUGGUCAUUAGCAAUAUUUUCUUAUGCUUUAAUAUAUCCAUUUACUAGUUACUAAAGCCUCUUAAAUAUAAAAAAAGGCUUUGAAAUUUAUUUUAGGACUUUGUGAUUCACUUGUAUAUAUUCUUUGAUUCAUUUAAAUUCUCUUCAAUUCAUUUUUCAUUUUGUUAUAUUCCUGCCCAUUGAAUUUAAUAGCUGUUAGUCAGACAGGAAUGCCAGCUUCUUUACUGUUUUUUUUGUACCUUUUUUUUUUUGUUAUUUGUAGUUAUCCCAGAUUUUUUGUUUUGCUUGGUUAUUCCAUAUCACUUAUCUUCUUGUGCCAGUAAUACAAGUUGAAUAUAGUUGUAAGUUUAAUGAAAGUAAGAAAAACAGUUUCACAGCUUUGAUAGUUUAAUAUUCAUUUUCACACUACUUCUAGUUAAACUUUUAGUUUCAGAAAGUUUGGAGUUAAAUUUCCAUAAACUAAAUGUUUAAGAAAAAUUAUCCAGUGAUACAAUUCAAGAAUU